CCCUUCCAGAAGAUGGAGUCCCUUCCUGAGCCACUGCUUGUCCGGAUCCUGGCCUCUGUCCCGGCGGUGGAGCUGAUCCUGGUGUGUCGACUGGUCUGCUCCCAGUGGAAGAUGCUGAUAGACGGUGCGGCCCUUUGGCUCCUGAAAUGCCAGCAGGAAGGGAUUGCCGGAGAAGACGCCGAGGAGGAGGGAGGGGCCAACUGGCAAAUGCUUUACUUCCUGCACAAGAGGAAGAGGAACCUGAUCAAGAAUGCCACCGGGGAAGAGAGCCUCGAACACUGGGUCGAAGUGGAAAGCGGAGGGGAUGGCUGGAAAAUCGAGGAGCUGCCUGGAGACUUUGGGAAAGAUUUCCCCAGCGAUGAGGUCCACAAAUACUUUGUCACGUCUUUUGAGUGGUGCCGCAAAUCCCAAGUCAUUGAUCUCCGGGCCGAAGGGUAUUGGGAGGAGUUGAUGGACACGAUCCAGCCCAAAAUCGUGGUGAAGGACUGGUAUGCGGCCCGAUGUGACGCAGGUUGCUUGUACGAGCUGACCGUGAAGCUGCUGUCGGAGACGGACGAGGUGGUGUCCGAGUACAGGAGUGAGACUGUUGCGCUUCCGCAGGACAACGAAGGCGAAUGGCAUGAGAUCACCCACACCUUCACCGACUAUGGCCCUGGGGUUCGCUUUGUCUACUUUGAACACGGCGGCCAGGACACGGUCUUCUGGAAGGGCUGGUACGGAGCACGAGUCACCCACAGCAGCGUAACCGUGGAGCUGUAAUGGCGGCCCUCAAGAUACUGGCGCCGGAUGAGCAUUCGCGCAACGGAGUGUCCCUCAUGGAGAAAGGAGGGAACUUGCGUGUGGUUGUGCUCAGGGCGGGAUGAAGCGUUCUGCUUAAACAGAAUCUGCCAGGUUUGGCGCUCUUGCUGUGAUCCAGUUCUCUGGGAAUUCCAGACAUAGAAAGUUUUAAAAAGGCCUUUCCUUGAACUUGAAUGCUGCCGCAAUCCUGCCUAUUCAAGACAUCCACAGCUAUGUAUUAUGGAAUUCCACAUGCAGGUGGCGCUGCUGAGCUAGGAAUGGCCUCUGGGAAAAGGUUCUCCGUCCACCUCUCCCCACAGCUCAUGAAAAACAAGUCUCGCGACGUACCCAGUUCCAUUAGGCUUCCAUGAAUGCCGUCCUCUUCAACCUCUCUCAGCUGCCCUGCCCAAAAGCAAUGCAGCUUUUGCACAGGCGAAUCAAAAGGGUGUUUGAACCUCUCUGGAGAAACCACCAGGGGUGGAAUUCUAGCAGAAUCUCCUUUGCAUAUUAGGCCACACACUCCUGAGGUAGCCAAUCCUCCAAGAGCUUACAAGGCUCUUUUUUGUAAGUUCUUGGAGGAUUGGCUACAUCAGUGGGGUGUGGUCUAGUAUGCAAAGGAGGUCCUGCUAGAAUUCCACCCCUGGAAACCACCCUCCUGUUUGGAAUAGGACUCCCAAGAUUAAGUCUUCAGGAUAGGCUUCAUGCUCAGAGGCAAUCUACCCACCAAUGUUCCCUCUGAGCUGUGGAGUCUUCUGAGCAAAAAUUCUACUUCAUGAGUUACUGGCAUUAAAGUUGUCAGCUCCUGCAUCAAUUAGUUUGCUCUAGGGCCGUUUUUCCGGAGCGAAGACAAAAAUGUGUGAGCUGGAGGCUAAAAAAUUGUGAGCUAGCUCACACUAACUCAGCUUAGGGGGAACACGGCUACCCACUGAAUACUGUUCCCUUCAUGCCCUGCUGUGUUUCCAAAUAUGGCUUAGCUUGAAAGUAGACUUUAUGGACAACAAAAAUAAAGCUGAAACUUAAAUACCAAAAAA